CCAGCUGCAGGAGCAGAGACCCGUCCCAGCAGCCGGGGAGAGAGAGGCGUUUUCCAGCGGUCGCCUCCCUGAAUCGCGCCCCAGCCAAGUUGCUUCCCGUCCGCAGGGGAAGUUGGGGCUUAGGCUGGGCAAUGAUUUUCCCCAAUAGUAGCAGCAACUCUGCGGGCGGCAGCCGGACUCCAUAUAGGAAACAGCAGCCCAUUGUGCCUGCCCAUCCAAUGGCUCCUCCUAGCCCCAGUAUCACCAGCAGCAAUAACAACAGCAGCAGCAGCAGCAACUCAGGAUGGGAUCAAUUAAGUAAAACAAACCUGUAUAUCAGAGGGCUGCCUCCAAAUACCACUGACCAGGACUUAGUAAAGCUAUGUCAACCGUAUGGGAAAAUUGUAUCUACGAAAGCUAUUUUGGAUAAAACAACAAACAAAUGCAAAGGUUAUGGUUUUGUGGACUUUGAUAGUCCAGCUGCAGCUCAGAAAGCCGUAUCUGCCCUGAAAGCCACUGGAGUUCAAGCACAGAUGGCAAAGCAACAGGAGCAAGAUCCAACUAAUUUAUAUAUUUCCAAUUUGCCACUUUCAAUGGAUGAACAAGAGCUUGAGAAUAUGCUAAAACCCUUUGGACAAGUUAUCUCAACAAGAAUACUUCGUGAUUCCAAUGGCACAAGUCGUGGAGUUGGCUUUGCAAGGAUGGAAUCAACAGAGAAAUGUGAAGCAGUGAUUGCUCAUUUUAAUGGGAAAUUUAUUAAAACCCCACCAGGAGUUUCUGCUCCUACAGAACCUUUGUUGUGCAAGUUUGCGGAUGGAGGACAAAAAAAGAGACAGAAUCAGAACAAAUAUAUACAAAAUGGAAGAGCAUGGCACAGAGAAGGCGAGGUGAGACUUGCUGGGAUGACACUCACUUAUGAUCCAACUACAGCUGCUUUACAAAAUGGAUUUUACCCCUCACCAUACAGUAUUGCAACAAACAGAAUGAUCACUCAAACAUCUAUCACGCCAUAUAUAGCGUCUCCAGUUUCUACAUACCAGGUGCAGAGUCCCUCCUGGAUGCAGCCUCAACCAUAUAUAAUGCAGCAUCCUGGUGCUGUAUUAACUCCUUCCAUGGAGCACACCAUGUCUUUGCAGCCAGCGUCAAUGAUAAGUCCCCUGACCCAACAGAUGAGCCACCUUUCAUUGGGCAGCACUGGAACAUACAUGCCUGCCACAACAGCUAUGCAAGGAGCUUAUAUUCCCCAGUAUACACACGUUCCCACUGCAGCUGUUCCAGUUGAGGAGGCCAGUGGUCAGCAGCAAGUUACAGUAGAAACAUCCAGUGAUCAUUCUCCAUACACUUAUCAACAAAACAAGUAAUUGUGAGAUACGUUGGUGGUGACCUUGCCUAGAGAAGGAUGCAAAGGCUGAAACAAUCAUGGAUUUUACUGAUCAAUUGUGCUUUAGAAAUUAUUGACAGUUUUGCACAGGUUCU